UUGAGAACUACCAACGCUGAUCUCCUCACGCAGCCUGGCAAUGGUCUCAUUAUGACAACUGGCGCUUGUACCUCUCGCUCUUGAAGCGCAAACCUCACUCGAGGUCACCUCGGCAUUCCAGCCUGAAGCAUCAGGCCUUUGAUGCAGUCGAAAUCCCAGCUUCUUCUACAUCACACCAUAACCAUGCCUCCAAGAUCAAGAGGUGCUCUGUUAUGCCGACUCCUUCUCUCCUCUCUUCCCCGUCCUCACACACUCUCAUCCCACUUCAUACCGUUGAUCCGCCGAUACGCCAGUCCCGCCAGCUCUCGACCACCCGUCAAACUACGAAAACGCAAGCUCACUUUCACCAAGCCACGCGAUACCAAACCCGAAUCUUGGAAUACCCUCUUCUCGGAGCAAAACGUCGGCAAUGAAUCAAUAGCACGGUCAAGACUGUCAGAAUAUACUCAUGAAUACCCCGAAAUCCCCAAGGAACGCUUCCUCGACGCAUACCUCUCUCCCACUGCCCGACGAUGGUUGUACCGGCUCCUCGUCUAUGUCCCGCCUUUACUUCUCCUCUAUACCGAAUUCCCCGUCAGUGUUGAAUAUGUCCAAGGCGGGUCUAUGACGCCGACUCUAAACCCGGAAUACGAUACAAAUACGCCACAUGGAAACAUGGAUACGGAUACGGUGAUCGUGCAGAGAUUGAUGUUUGGGAAUUACCUAUUGCGGCCUAAGUUGUCGCGAUGGGAGAUCAAACGAGGCGAUAUCGUGGUCUACACUCAACCAGUAACGGGUACAAGAGCCAUUAAACGAGUCGUUGGUGUACCAGGUGAUGUGGUGAUACCGUUGAAAGGAUAUACGGCGAUUGAUGGUGAGGAUGGGGAUGAUGACAACAACAACCACAAUCCCACCGAUGACAAAGACUCCAAAAAGAAAACAGGAAUCGUCGUCCCAUACAACCACAUCUGGGUCGAAGGCGAUGUCGGCGUCAGGAAAAAGAGUUUCGACAGCAAUUGGUACGGACCAAUCAGUCAGAACCUGGUGGAUGGAUUCGUCAAGAUUGUCAAGAGUAAAGAUGGCUGGAGGGUAUUAAAGCCUGACACCGAAACAAACGAAAUGUAUCCGGCCAAAAGAGACGGUAGGGUAUAUGAGAACGCCGUGCGCGAUGCACAAAUCAAUCCGGACCAACAGGCUUUGAAUCAAGGAUGGGUGGAUGGGACGGCGGAACGAGAGUUGAAUACUCUCAGAAUGAAGCGGGAUGUUCUGCCGACUUCGAUGAGAGAUCCCGGCAUGUUGGCGAAACUGCGCAGUCUAUACCAAGAGGCGGCUAUGAAUAUGGAUAUCGAGGAUGACAAGGUCAGACAGAUUGCGGCGGGGAUUGAGGAGGAAUUGGGCUCGGCUUUUGAAAAGGUCGGGCUCAAUCGCAAUGGGUCACGGAGUCUUCUUCCUCGUCAGGGACCAGUGGCGGUCGAAGAGGAGGUUGCCCAACAGAGAUUACGGGCAUAUCUCGAAAAGGUCGAGAAAUCAAAGUAGGGAUGGACACCACGCCUCAUGCCUUGACCCUUGACCCUGGACUGUGGAUGGCUCUGUAAAGUGGCACUCGUCACACUCAUGAUGAACCGAGAGCACUUCCUAGACACGACGGGAAAUAUACUAUAUCUUCAUAAUAUCGUCAUUGUCUGUGC